AUGGCAAGAAUGUCUGAGCCUUUGGUUGUUGGGAGAGUGAUAGGAGAUGUUCUUGAUUGUUUCACCCCAACAACAAAAAUGUCUGUCACUUACAACACCAGGCUAGUCUGCAAUGGAUAUGAGCUGUAUCCUUCUGCUGUCACCACCAAACCUAGAGUUGAGAUUCAAGGAGGAGAUAUGAGAACUUUCUUUACUCUGAUCAUGACAGACCCUGAUGUUCCUGGCCCUAGUGAUCCUUAUUUAAGGGAGCACCUGCACUGGAUUGUGACAGAUAUUCCAGGCACCACAGAUGCCACAUUUGGAAGAGAGGUGGUGAGCUAUGAGAUGCCAAGGCCCAACAUUGGCAUCCACAGGUUUGUGUUUGUUCUCUUCAAGCAGAAAAGAAGGCAGUCUGUGAACCCUCCUUCCUCAAGGGAUCAUUUCAGUGCUCGAAGCUUCGCAGCUGAAAACGACCUGGAUCUUCCUGUCGCUGCCGUUUACUUCAAUUGCCAGAGAGAAACGGCAGCUAGAAGACGCUAG